AUGGCUGCAUCCAUGGUUGGUGGAGCUUUCCUCUCAGCUUUCCUCCAGGUUCUGUUUGAUCGGAUGGCUUCUCGUGAGAUUUUAGACUUCUUUUGCUUCAGAAAACUCAACAUUGAUUUGCUCAAGAAGUUGAAGCUCACUCUGCUUUCCAUUAAACCCCUGCUCGAUGAUGCUGAAGAUAAGCAGAUAACGGAUCCAGCAGUCAAAGAAUGGCUUGAUGAACUCAAAGAUGCAGUUUAUAUUGCAGAGGACCUCCUGGAUGAAAUCGCCUUUGAAGCUUCACGGUGCUUGUUGGAAGCUCAAGACAAAGCAGAUUCAAGCCAGGAUGCAUCAGUGGCCAAGUUGAAAGAUAAGAAGUACAUUAAGAAGCUGUCUCUGGAAUGGAGUGGUUGUACAAGCGAUUCACAAAUUGCUAGAGAGAUUCUGGACAAUCUUCAACCUCACAGAAAUCUGCAAGAACUUGUCCUUGCAGGGUAUGGGGGUACGAGAUUUCCAGAUUGGCUGGGAGCUCAGUCAUUACCUAAUUUAGUAUUUCUUUGUCUCUGCGACUGUGACUUUUGCGUUAUCUUGCCGCCACUUGGGCAAUUACCUUCCCUCAAAGAACUCUGUAUCAAAGGAAUGAAGAGUGUGGUUGCUGUUGGACCUGAGUUUUAUGGAAACUGUUCUGUCGGAAUUCAGUCAUUUCAAUGCCUGGAAAUUUUGAAGUUUUCGGGCAUGGAACAAUGGCAGGAUUGGUUCUUUCCUGAUGGAGAAUAUAGUACUGGUGUUUUCGCUCGUCUACGGGAGCUUUAUAUAGCAAAGUGUGACAACGUGAAAGUAGAUAUUCCUUUCUAUCUUCCAUUCUUGGAAAAGCUUUUGAUUGAUGGAUGUCAAAAGCUUGGGGCUUCACUUCUAACGGCUCCACCAAACAACUGCUGCUAUGAAUUCCUUACAGAUUUGGAAAUAAGUUGGAGUUUGAAGUCUUUUCCAUUUGACUUGUUUCCAAACCUUAGGCAUCUUGAUCUCAUCAGUUGUAGGAAGCUUGAAUCCUUAACAUUUUCGAAGAGCAGCAGUUUCCAUGAACUUAAAUCACUAUCAACAAUAAGAAUAGAAGAGUGCCCCAAUUUUUAUUCUUUUCCCGCUGGGGAAUUUCCUGCUCCCAACCUGAAAUUUCUUAUUCUCAGAAACUGCUGUAAAUUGAAGUCAUUGCCUGAAAGCAUGCACAGGUUACUUCCAUCACUCGGCAGUUUGAACAUAUUGAAAUGUCCAGAUAUUGAUUCAUUUCCAGAAGGAGGCCUUCCCUUCUCUUUGAGUUGCAUUUCGAUACGUCACUGUGACAAACUUUUUGAGCAGCGAAUGAAGUGGGAUUUGCAAAGGCUCACCCAUCUCGCGUCCUUGUCAAUCAGUUCUGUAAUUGAGGAUCUGGAGUCCUUUCCAGAUGAAGGACUGUUGCCCUCCUGGCUAGAACGUCUCUAUAUAUCAGAAUGUCCAAAUCUGAGGAACCUGGAUGGCUUGGUGCUCGGGAAGCUCACAUCUCUUCAAGAAUUGGGGAUCUACUCUUGCCCUGAGAUUCAACGGUUGCCUGAAGAGGGGCUACCAACCUCUCUUACAUAUUUAAAAAUACAGUCUUGCCCUAUUUUAGAAAAACGGUGCCAAAGAGAGGAGGGUAAAGAUUGGCAAAAGAUUGCUCACAUACCUGGACUAGAUAUUGGUUACUAA